AUGGCCGCCCCAACAACCUCCGCCCUAACCCUCUCCAUCCUGACCUCCCUCGGCGGCACAAUCGGCUACCUCCGCACAGGCUCGCUCCCCUCCGUAAUCGCCGGCGUGUCUGUGGGCGCACUGUACCUCCUCUCCUUCCUCCGCCUGCGAAGCGGGCAGCCCUACGCCGAGGAGAUCGGGCUCCUGGCCUCGAUUGUGUUGGGCGGUGCGUCGAUCCCGAGGGCGAUACGGCUGCGCAAGACGGUGCCGCUUGUGCUUAGUGUAUUGGCGGUUUAUGGGCUGUUUGUUUUUGGGGGGGCGGUGUUGGGAAAGAGGGCUUGA